GUCGUAGCGAAAUGAACAGUUUUAAAAAUAUGAAACGUCGAAAAACAGUUAAAAAGCCCCCAAAUUGACUUAUUAUUAAAUUUAAAUUAUUAAUUUCGUGUAAAUUAAAAUCAAAUUUUGCGUUCAAUAUGUGCAGCCACGCCCACUUCCAUGUUCGUGGCUAUUCGUGUGAUUUCGUAUCAAUGAAACAAUCAACAAAUCAAACAGCUGAUCUAACCUAAAAUGAAUUAAAUUAAGUAAUUUUUAAAAUUUGAUGUAAGUGAGAAGUGUGUGAAUAAUGCCUAAUGAAGCUCGGUACGCGUUAUUAUACAGUGAUUAUGAGAGUGCACCGAUUUUGCGUUUGCCUUUUGAAAAAUUUUCAAUUAUAACCGUGGGUUUGCCAUUGUUUGCUUUCAUAUUUUGCAUUAUUUAUUCGGUGAUUUUUCAUUUUGAAACAGCCACUUAUACCCAUUGUCAAGUGUUUAAUGUUUUACCGUCCAUUUCUGCCGCUAUUGGAAAUUUUUCACCACAACGACAAGUUUGGCAAAUGGCUAUAGUUUUACAUGCUGUGCCAAGAUUCUCGAUUGCCUUUGUUUACCUCCAACACCAUCAAAACGUUUUAUACCAAAAUGACCAAUGGAUGGGGGCCGUCGCAUGUGUUCUUAAUGUUGUUGAAAACAUUUCGUUGAUCAUACUGUCUUUUUGGACCUCAUCGCAACACUAUCCUGUUCAUGAAAAAGCCUUCAUCACCUUUAUAUUGAUGUCGGAGUUUUAUAUGAUUUUAAUUUAUAUUCUCCAAAGACGUUGCAAAAAACGCCACAAAGAAAGUCUGAAAUGGAAGAAAAGACUACUCAUUACAAACAUAUCAUCUAUUUUAGUAGCAACUUAUUGCUUUCUGAGGCACAACUCGUAUUGUGAGCCUUAUGUAUAUUCUGGUUUUGCCUUGGCAGAAUAUACAGUAGUAUUAACAAAUAUGGCGUUCCACAUGACUGCUUAUUUAGAUUUUAAAAAUAAGGAUUUGGUGGUUUAUAAAUACGGUGUUGCUUUAACGGAAAGAUAAUAUUUAGUUGUAUAGCUAGUUAUACAAUAAUUAUUUCGUGCUUUAGGAAAUUAUCACAUGGCAUAUUUGUAAUUAUUGGCCAUUCAACACACCAAAGAUAUAUUUCUGGAGUUCUAAAACUAAAUUUUAUAAGAACAUAAAAAGUAUUUUGUACUAAUCCAAAAAUAACUAUUUUGUGUAGCAUGCAAGUGGCCCAAAACUGAACUGUUGUUUGCAAAUACCCUGCGAUCAAAAAAUAAAUAAAUUAGAGUAGGCGGUGAUUAAAGUCCUUCAGAUGGCAAUCCUGAUUUUUGACAUCAAAUAUCAGCGAAAACUUUGACAGGUUUGCGUUUUAUUCAUUUUAAAUGAAAUAAUAUGUUCACUUUAGAGCAGACAUUUUUUUUUGUUGCAAGUUAUUACAAAAAUGGUGAAUGGUCAUUUUCACUUUCAGAUUUCCAUCCAAUGUGUUGCCAACUGUAGAAUUUAAUUAACGCCUACUCUAAUUUUUUUUCAUCGCACGUUAUUAAAUUUAUGUAGAUAAAUGUUCAUUUAAUGAGUUGUAUAUACAGAGGUGUCCCAGCGAGUUGAAAAAGUUCAUUAGUGACCUUUCAAUGGUGAAAUUAAAAAAAAAAUUGAUAGAUACUAAUAUAGUCCAUCGCCUAAAAUUAUUUAAAACUAUACAGCGUGU